AUGUUUAUUAAAAUAUUUCUUGUAACAAUCAUACUAUUUGUUAGUAUUGUAAAUAGUAAGAGUAUAAAUAUAGUCAGUGGUGAAUCAGUUGGUAGAAAUCAAUAUAUUACGACCAAUCCAAAUUGUACGACACCCAAUAUCACUAGAUUGUAUCAGUUUAUCGAUUCAACUGUUGCAUCUUACGAUUAUUGUGAAGGUACCGAAUGGGCAUUCUCAAAUUUCGAUACCGCAAUCUACUCGGAAAAUUCAGACAACGGCCAACAGACUGCAUCUACCAUUAAGCUAUGGAUUAUGAUGGCUGUACUCCAAGAUAUCAACAAUGGUUUAUACAAUUUGAACACAGUUAUCCAAUGUUCUGGACAAACCAUCACCAUUGAUGCUUGUCUAGAGUUGAUGAUUGGUAUCUCUGAUAACUGUGCAACCUACGAUAUGGCAAAGCAAACAACACUUAACCAUGUUAAUCAAUUAUUUAAACAAUUGGGAAUGGUUAAUAGUGGAUUCCAUGAAUGGUGUUUCACUACUUGCCCAGGAUAUACAUCGCCAUGUCCCAAUGACGAUGGUACUGGAAUUGAAAAUACUCUUACUUCUCACGAUGUUAUUACCGGUCUUACACAACUCCACAAUUUCCAAGCACUAGGAAUGAAUGCAACCUAUCAGGCCUAUAAAUAUUUGUUGACUGCUCACGGUUGGACUCCGAUGCUCGGUAGAUUUGUACCGACACCGGUUGCUCAUAAACAAGGAUGGUUACCAGCAGACGAUGGAUAUCAGCCAUUCACCGAGAAUGACGAAGCUAUUGUUUUCACAGAGUGCGGUGACUAUGCAGCAUCCGUAAUGAUCACAAGAAACUGGACCAACCCCCAAGAAGAUACCAACGCACUGAAUCUCGGUGCACAAAUAGGACGUCUUGCCUAUUGUACAAUGGUGCCAUUCGGUACUGCCAACGAUGGUACACUAUGUUCAGAGACCUGGUCUCAACCACUUCCAUCUCCAACUGGAUGUUAG